AUGCCCUUCUAUCUUGUCAUCGGAGCUGGAGUUGUUGGUCUCACAACCGCCCUGGAACUUCGACAUCGGUAUCCCGGAGCCAAAAUAGUCGUCGCAGCGAAGUAUCUGCCUGGUGACAGUGCACCGGAGUACACUUCUGCAUGGGGCGGCGCAAACUGGUUCCCAGCUGCCACGGACAACGGUCCCCAACAAGAUUACGAAGCAAUCACGUACCGCAAAUUCAAGAACCUUGCCUUAGACAGACCAGAAUGUGGCAUCAAGCCCAUGCAGAUCAAAUGGCACUACGAGGUUCCCGUUGAGGAAGCCGGUAUCUUGACUCCGGCGACUGGGAAGCUUUGGUUCGAGGAGCUAGUGGGUGGUUUGAGGAAGAUUGAGAAAGACGAAUUACCCAAAGGAACGGCGUUCGGCUACGAAAUGGCGAGUUUUGUCAUCGAUGUGCAGAGAUAUCUACCAUGGUUGCAGACCGAGGCUACCCGCCUCAAUAUUGAAGUACAUCGACGUAUCUUUGGUUCCAUCGACGACGCGUUCAAGCGAUACCCUCAAGCCGCCGCCGUUUUCAACUGCACUGGCCUAGGUGCAAUGACCCUGGGAGGCGUAGAAGACAAUACCAUGUACCCAACUAGGGGUCAAAUCUUGCUGGUAGAAGGCCCAGAGAAGCCAUUAAAAAACAUGUUCUUCCGCGCUCCUCACCGUGCCGGCGAAGCCACGCAUAUCUUCCCUAGAGGCGAGAAUGGUGGAGUCAUCUUGGGUGGGUGUCGCCAGAAGAACAACUGGAGUGGUGAGACAGAUCUUGCAUUUGCCGAGGUCAUCAAGAGGAGGUGCUGUUCGCUUGCACCAGAGCUAGGAAAGCCAGAGGAUUUGAAGAUUGUCAAGCAUGGGGUUGGACUUCGUCCGGCGAGAGAGGGUGGGCCACGCGUGGAAUCUGAGAUGCGGGAUGGCAAGUUGAUCAUUCACAAUUAUGGCGCGGGUGGAGUGGGAUUUCAGGCAUCGUGGGGUUUGGCGCAAUAUGCCGUCAACUUACUUCCCGAGAGAGCACGGUUGUAGACGAAGGGCCAGAUAAUGAUCAUGACUGUUCCUAUGGUCAUGCAGGGACAGUAGAUGGGACGGUACAGGCUAGAGCUAGAUGCCCAGGUUGUAUAGUUCAGCCAGAAAUUGUUGAAUACACUGUCAAUGUCGGAAAAACGAAAGAAUUCAAAGGAUAG